AUGUCGCGUAGAAGAGGCAGACAGACGGAGACUGGCGAGGAAUUCCAGGUGCAGGGCCCGAGCAGCGCGCUGACGUCGUUUCUGCGGGAGCAGGGGAUCAGCGCAGAGGCGAUCCGGACGCGGUACGAGGAGGGACUGCGGCGCCAGUUGGAGGAGGAGGCAGGUGGCGAGGAGGUGGAAAAUGGCGGUUCUGACGAGUCUGACGAGGAGAUUUUGGAGGGCGAGGAAGAGACGGCCGAGAUCAAGCGGAUCAGAGAGCGGGCGCGCGCGAAAAGACGCCGUGCGCAGCGCGAGGACGGUCUGGACGACGACGAGAAGGCAGACGGCAACAACUUCUGUAUCGAGUGCGACCGCGAGUUUGUGAUCUCGGUGUACUCGAAGCGGAUCGAGAAGUACGGGCGGAUCGGGUACCUGUGUCCGGAGUGCACGACGAACGAGAUCAAGCGGCAACGGCUGACGAAGCGCAACGAGAUCGAGGCUCGCAAACGGCGGAAGAAGGUGGCUGCCGCGCUUCUGGACAAGCAGGAGUUCAAGAUCCCGACGCUGCAGGAUUGCUGCAUCAACGUGAUCUCGAAGAACAUCGACGCGGUGGACUUGUUGGGCGAUAUUGGCGUGGUGAACAUGAAAAAAAUCGGCCGUAUCUUAUCCAAGAACAGGUCUCUGGAUAACCGGACCAUGGCGCUGUUUCUGGACCCGGCCAUGCGCGAGAUCGAGUUCUGGGACUGUUCCAACAUCGACAGCGUCGCGCUGAACAAGAUCGCCGCUUUUUGUCCCAACGUGGAGCGGCUGGUGCUCAACAUGUGCGGCCGGCUCCACAAGGACAAUCUCAACUACUACGCACAAAAGUUCACUAAUUUGCAGUACAUUUAUUUGAACGGCGCGUUUCUGAUCAACGACCAGACAUGGCAGGACUUCUUCGACAGUCCUGUGGGGAAAAACCUCAAGGGAGUCCACAUUAAAAAUACACACAGGUUCACGCCAGACUCGCUGAUCUCGCUGCUCGACAACUGUGGCAACAACCUCGAGGAGCUCACGCUCAGCAGACUCGACGGACUCACGUCCAAGAGCGUGUACGACCUGCUGCCGCAUUAUCUUCGCAGCCUCAAACACCUGGAGAUCUCGUACCCCAAUAAGGAGGAAUUGAUCGACGACGAGCUCAUCAUCAACCUGAUGGGUGUCAACGGCGAGUCUUUGGAAACGCUAAUUCUGGACGGAUGCAGCGGCCUCACAGACACCUUCUUGGUGUCGGGCGUCAAACCGUUCUGUCCCGCAUUGACAAAACUGUCUUUGGUGAUGCUCGACCAAAUCACGGACUCCGGAGUGUCGUCGCUGUUCAACGACUGGGCCAUCAACGGCGGACUCAUGGACGUCAACUUGAGCCGGUGCAUUGACCUGGGCGACGACGGAGUAUAUGCGGUCCUGGAGCACUCGUGCCAGACGCUCGUGGAGCUGAACCUGAACUCGGUGAAAAACAUCAGCAGAGGCCUGUUCAAGCAGAUCGGCCGCAACUUGAGGUUCCCGCUGCUGACUGCGUUGGACCUUGGGUUUGUUCGUUCGUGCGACGACUCGGCUCUGGCCGUGAUCUCGCGAAUCGCUCCCAAACUCACCAUUUUGGAGGUGUACGGAGACAAUCGGUGCACCAGCGCAGCAAUUGUGAGAGACAAUCUGCGCAUCAUUGGCCGUCAAAGCGACAGCAUAUAG